AAUCAAGUUUAACUUGCUGGGAAAUAUAAAUAAUUAACAACUUAGCAAAUAUUGAUACAUAAUUUCUUUUUCUUUUUUUUUUUUUUAAUUUGCAGAGAAAGAAGUAAGAACGGGUGGCGGCUGUAUUUUAUCCCGACGAAGCCCAGAAUCCCAUUCUCAGAAGACACUCAAGUUAAAGUUCAUUCACUCAACACACCGCCGCCUCCACAAUCUUCGGCGGCGGCGGCGGCGGCCGCUCCUGUAUUUUCAGUUCAAUACUCGACGGCUAGUAUGAAACAUGACGUCUCGUUUUCUCUUUACUGACGUAAUGGGAUGCGACUUUGUCACUAUGCAAAUGCGGAGCCCACCCCGAAUCGUCGUCGAAGGCAUUUUGUCAACUUUCUGUGGAGUGCACAGAAGGUGUUCGACGUUUUACCCCACAAAGAACCAUCUCUUAUAUUCCCUUGGCUUCCGGUCUUCGUUUUCCACUGCUGCUCUCAUCACUACGAAAGAGCCCAAUUGGGGUUUUGAUUCUAGAAGAAACCCAGAAAAGGUACGACCUUGGCACGAAUUAAAAGAAGCACAAAGUUGUCAUUUACAGGUUCCGGCCGAUAGGGGAACGGAAAGGAGUGGUUUGGAAAGUGUUAAUGAAAAAAAUAGGCUUAAAUGGUAUUCCAAAAUGCUAAGAGAUUGUGCGGCUGGAAUGCGUUUAAACGAAGGUAAAAUGAUUCACGGAUGUAUCAUACGAAGUGGUUCUGAGCCUGAUUUGCAUCUAUGGGUUUCUUUGAUUAAUUUCUAUGCCAAAUGUGGGGCUUUAGAUUUUUCGCGCAAUGUGUUUGAGCUAAUGUCAAUGAAAGACGUGGUUUCGUGGACCGCUCUGAUAUCGGGUUUUGUAGCUCAAGGGCAUGGAAUGGAAAGCAUUGAGUUGUUUUGUCAGAUGAGGAGGGAGGAUGUGAGGCCGAACGAGUUCACCUUGUCUACUGUUUUGAAGGGUUGUUCAGUGUCGUUGGACUUGAAUUUUGGGAAACAAAUUCAUGCAGAGGCUGUUAAGAUUGGCGUUCUUUCCGACGUUUACAUUGGUUCCUCUUUGAUUGACCUUUACUCCAAGAGUGGGGAAAUGGAGUAUGCGGAUGGUGUUUUUCGUAUGAUGCCAGAGAAAAAUAAUGUCUUGUGGAAUGCUUUGCUUAAUGGCUAUGCGCAGGUGGGAAAUGGGAAGGCAGUGUUACGAUUGUUCAACGAAAUGGAAGACCCGGAAAUGAGGUUUAGUAAUUACACAUUGUCGAUUGUUUUAAAGGGAAUUGCCAGCUUUGGUGCAUUUAUAGCUGGUCAGGGAGUCCAUUCAAUAGCAAUCAAGGUUGGGGGUGAAACUGAUGAUUUUGUGAGGUGUAGCCUGGUUAAUAUGUACUCAAAAUGUGGAGUUGCCAAUUAUGCCCUUAAAGUGUUCGAGACGAUGGAGAAUCCUGAUAUAGUUACAUGGAGUUCGAUUAUAUGCGCACUUGAUCAAGAAGGUCUAAAGGAAGAAGCAGCAAAAUUGUUCCACCGAAUGAUGCGUUCUGGUAUGAGGCCUAAUGAGUUUACUCUUUCCACUCUCGUUAGUGCUGCCACUGAUUUGGGUGACCUCCGUUAUGGUCAAAGCGUCCAUGCAUGCGCUCAUAAAUUUGGGUUGGAGUUUGAUCAUUUGGUGAAUAAUGCAUUAAUUGCAAUGUACAUGAAGCUUGGAUCAAUUUACGACGGGUAUCGUAUCUUCAACAAAAUGGCCAAUUGGGAUGUGAUUUCUUGGAAUGCCCUUUUAUCCGGAUUUCACGAUGAUGAAACUUCCGAUCAAGUAACCAGGGUUUUCAAGCAGAUGCUUACAGAUGGUUUUACGCCCAACAUGUACACAUUUAUUAGCAUUCUUAGGUCAUGUUCAAGCCUCUCGAAUAUUGAGUUUGGGAAGCAGGUACAUUCACAUGUAAUUAAAAACAAAUUCGUAGGUGAUGGUUAUGUUGGAACUGCUCUGAUUGACAUGUAUGCAAAGUGCGGUUGCAUGGAGGAUGUGGAAGCUAUUUUUAGUAGAUUAAAUGAGAAAGAUGUCUUCGCUUGGACAGUUAUCAUUUCAGGUUAUUCACAGACUAAUCAAGGCGAAAAGGCUGCUCGUUUAUUCAACCAGAUGCGAAGAGAAGGUGUUAUCCCUAACGAGUUCACUCUUGCUAGUAGUUUGAGGGGUUGCUCUGCGAUCGCAAGCCUUGAGAAUGGUCGACAAUUGCAUUCCUUGGCAAUUAAGGCUGGACAAUCUACCGACAUGUUUGUAUCAAGUGCACUGAUUGACAUGUACGCAAAAUGUGGACAUAUUGACGAUGCCGAAGCUCUGUUUAACGGCAUGCAAUCGAACGAUACAGUUCUGUGGAACACAAUCAUAUGCGGAUAUUCCCAACAUGGAGAGGGUGAUAAGGCUCUUAAAGCGUUUAGGCAAAUGAUAAACGAAGGGUUCUUACCUGAUGGGGUUACUUUCCUAGGGAUCCUUUCUGCGUGCAGCCACAUGGGAUUGGUCGAAGAAGGAAAGAAGCAUUUUUACUCAAUGAGUGAAUCUUAUGGAAUCACGCCAAGUAUUGAGCACUAUGCUUGUUUGGUUGAUGUUCUUGGUCGAGCAGGGAAAUUCGACGAGAUUGAGAGACUUAUCGAGAAUAUGGAGCUAACUCCAAAUGCUUUGAUUUGGGAGAAUGUACUCGGCACAUGCAAAGUCCAUGGAAAUGUGGAAUUGGGUGAAAGAGCUGCCGAGAAACUCUUCCAAAUUGACCCCGAAACAGAUUCGAACUAUAUUUUAUUAUCUAAUAUCUAUGCUAGUAAAGGGAGGUGGAAUGAUGUUUCUAGGGUUAGGAAAUCGAUGUCGAGUCAGGGUAUCAAAAAAGAACCUGGGUGCAGUUGGCUUGAGAUUGAUGCUCAAAUUCACGUUUUCUUGUCUCAAGAUUCGUCGCACCCAAGGCUACUGGAUAUUCAUAGGAAAAUGGAGGAGUUGAGGGAGAGAGUUAGUGAAGUAGGGUACAUACCGAACACAAAGUAUGUGCCACAUAAUGUGACGGAGAAGGAAAAACGAGAGAAUCUUUUUAACCACAGUGAGAGGUUGGCUUUAGGUUUUGCUCUGAUAAGUAAGGUUAACGGUGGAAGAAUUAGAAUUUUCAAGAACCUUCGCAUAUGUGGAGACUGUCAUGAAUUUAUCAAGUGUGUGUCGAGCACUGUGGAUCAAGAGAUUGUAGUUCGUGAUGCGAGCCGCUUCCACCACUUUCGUAAUGGCAUUUGUUCGUGUAAAGACUAUUGGUAAUUUAUGUUCGUGAAAAUAUUCGAUACCUGUUAACAUCGUUUGCAGAUAUAAAAUUUAGGCCAAAGCAAUUGGGUCGGUUUUAGAGAAUAUCAGUUUUCCCUGCUUGCCAGUUCGUUUUGUAUGCGAUAUAAUGUAUAGAUUGAUGCUCGUGUUCACCAGCUCAAAGGCACCAGCUCCAGGUGCCUGAGAAGUGAAGCAACAAUUAUUUCUAGUCACGAACCCUUUUUUUCCGGAAAAUCCGAUUCUCUUGUGUAAGUCUUACCUUUACUGACAUUUUAAAUUCACAUGUUUAAUUUUAAUAUUGGAGUGAGAAUCUAGGCUGGGCUCAACUUAUGUUUACGUUUUGUCUGAUGCGAAAACUUUCGAUGUUUGCUUAGGUCUUAGAAAAUGUUUGCUGUGAAGCAAUGUGUAGCUCAGUGGAAGUUCUGGGAUGUCUAUGCUUUAUGCCCUCAAACUUGUAAUGGGUUAUGUAAAUAUCUCAUCAACAAUUAAUAUAAAUUUAUUCGAUUGUGUUAGUUCGAUUUAAAAUUGGAGUCUUCAAAUUUCACGAGAAUGCAUAAUGUAGGACAAAAAUGGCAACACCAACGAAAGUUUUAGUAGGUCUGUGGAUCGCCCUUUCGAUAUGCCGCUUGCAUCCUUGUAAAUAAUUGGUUAUCAUGUCAUUGUGGACCGGAAAUUGUUUGAAUACUAGUGGACCGACGUGGAUAUAUAACAUCUGUUGUAUAUCCUUGGCUUGUAUUAUGUACCGUUCGUUAUGUGUAAAUGGAAUGCGGGUUGUAAUAGUAAUAGAGAUUGUAUAAAGAAUGUGUGGUAAUUGUG